GGUAACGCUCAGAACAACAUGGCUCAGGGUCCGGGACCCGCUACGCCAGCACAACCCAUACCAGAGAAUGAGGAAAUGCUCGAAGCAUCAGACUCCGACACUGAGGACGAUCCCAGUGCUCGAGAGGUUAGGAAUCUUAGGCGACAGGCCCAUGUCCAGGCACAGCAGAUGGCUGCCAUGAUGGACAUGAUCAAUCAGCUUUCGAACCAGCUGAUGGCCACUCCCAACGAAAGACCCGUUGCUACUAGGAAGCCCAAGAUAGCGGCACCCGAGAAGUUCGGAGGAGACCGAGAAAAGUUACGAACAUUCCUCACCCACACCGACCUAUACUGCGAAUACAACGAGGUCCCCACCGAUCAAGAGAAAAUCCUCAUGGCCAGUACAUACAUGAAGGAUAGAGCCUCCAACUGGAUGCAACCCUAC